AUGUCAUCGUCCGAAGAAGAAAGUGAUCAAUUAACGGAUUUGGAAGCAAUUCGUGAUCGAAUGCUAAGUCAACCACGGAGUGAACAUAUGCAAGUUAGUGCUUGGGAAGAUGACGAUGAUGGGGUAGAAGCUGAACGUAAUGCGAAAGAACCCGAUGCAAAAGAAAUUCUUAGCGCAGCAGAGAAUGGCGAAUUGAAUAGAGUGAUGAGAUCAUUAACGAAAAACCCUCGUUUGUUAGAAUGUAUGGACAAGGAUGGUUACACUCCAUUGCAUAGAGCAUGUUAUGGUAAUCAUGUGGAAAUUGUUGAGUAUUUACUUCAAGCAGGUGCAAAGAUAGAUGCUAAAACCAUGGACGAAUGGCAACCAUUGCAUUCUGCAUGUUGCUGGAACAAUGUUGAAUGUGCAGCGGUAUUAAUUGCAAAUGGAGCAGAUAUAAAUGCCAAGAGUAAAGGAGACCAGACACCUUUGCAUUUAGUAUCUGCAAGUUCUCAUAAUUCUCCCACUUUGCAACUUCUUUUGUUGCAUCCAGAUACAAAUCCGAGAUUGAUAAAUUCAAGUGGUGAUACAGCAGAACAGAUUGCUAAAAGAACAGGAAAGUAUUACCCGAUGUUUGAGAUUAUUGAAGACUGCUUGAAUAUUAUUUGA